GGGCUCCCGUGUUCGAGUCACUGCUUCCAUCUAACCAUCACUCCUCUUGUAGCUUCCUAUACAUAUACUCUCAUUCUCGCACCCACUUCCUCUGCAACCGUUCACCACGUACUCACUACCGUGGAAUUCAUCCUCUCGCUCCACGAGCGCUCGCACCUGCUAUGGACGCCCUCAAGUCCCUCGUAUCUCCCUUAGUCGGCGGUGCCGCAAGCAAUAGUCUCGUCGAUGGUAUGAAACUCGUCGUCCUCGGUGGGACGGUUGAGACAGCUCGUCGUAUAUCCAGCUCUGCAUGGUCAUCCUUUGUCAACUCCUUCUUCCUCACUGCCCACUUCUCUGAAGAGGACUACCCCUAUGAUUGGCUCAUGCUCUGGCUGUCUAAGCGCCCGGAGUGGCAGCGUUCUCGCGAGUUCGAGACGACGACCCGCACCAUCUCGCCAGGCAUGAUGUCCGGUGCCAUGGGCGACAACUCGUUUGGUGAUGAUGACUACGAUGGCGCUGAGCCUUCACGAGUGGAUGAUCUUACUCCUGGCAUGGCAAAGACACGAGUCGUCUUUCAGCCGACUCCUGAUAGUACACACACAAUCUAUUACCGGGGCCAUUGGUUGCGAGUACGCCGAUCGCGAAACAAAGACAGCGAUUUGGAAGUUCUGUCGGUCAGUGUCGUUGCACGGAAUAACAACAUCUUGAAGCAACUUGUGCUCCAAGCGAAGCGCGAAUAUGAGGCGGAGGCCGUGCAUCGCAUACAAAUUUAUUUUGCUGACGUACAUGGGUCCUGGCGUUGGACGGACUCUCGCCAUAAACGUCCAAUGGAAUCUAUUGUUCUAGAGCCUGGUGUGAAAGAGAUGCUCCUGGCUGAUACUCGGGACUUCUUGAAAUCAGAGAAGUGGUAUGCGGAUCGGGGUAUUCCUUUCCGCCGAGGGUACCUCCUACAUGGCGUUCCUGGAUCUGGCAAGUCCUCGCUGAUCCAUGCCAUUGCUGGUGCUCUCAUGCUUGACAUUUAUGUCGUUUCGUUAUCCUCGUCAUGGAUGAAUGAUUCGACACUAACGACGCUCAUGGGUCGUGUUCCCGCCCGUUGUAUCGUGCUUCUCGAAGACCUCGACGCUGCCUUCACACGUUCGACGUCUCGUGACGCUACUUCUACCGGUGCUCCGGGAAGCAAGAAGCGUGGUGGGUCAAACUCGUCGGACAACAAGGAUGAUUCCGACGAUGAUGAUAACGAGGAUGAAAACGGCAAGAGUAAGAAGAAGAAGAAGGAUGAUUCUCUCUCAGAAAUCAAUACGUUAUCGCUCUCUGGUUUGCUCAAUGCGCUUGACGGGGUUGCUGCCUCGGAAGGUCGUAUCCUAUUCGCGACAACAAACCACCUGGAACGACUUGACCCGGCGCUCUCUCGGCCUGGGCGGAUGGAUGUGUGGAUCGAGUUCAAGAAUGCGAGUCCGUGGCAGGCCGAAGCUCUGUUCCGCAAUUUCUUCCCCAGUGCGGAGGAGGAAGAAUCAGAGCCGAUUGUUGAACGCGAGGGUGAACUCGAUGGCAUCAGUCUACCGAGCGUGCCUGGCACUCCUACGACCACUGCCUCAUCCGGCUCAUUUUCCGACAUUUCUUCACUUUCCAUCAGCGGUUCAUCAUGCGAAGCCACUCCAUCGAAGGCUGCAGCCACUCAGCCGCCCCGCACCGGAUUCGGUUCCCAAAAUACCGCAUAUCUUCCUCCUCCGCCCGAUCCGGAGAUUGCUGCUGCAUCACACUCGGCGCGUCCCCUUAGCGCAGAGUCUCUGAGCCGCUUAGCAAAGCAAUUCGCGGAUUCCAUUCCGGCAGGCGAAUUCAGUGUCGCGGCAUUGCAAGGCUACUUGCUUAAAAACAAGUCGCGACCCGAAGCUGCAGCAGAGGGAGCAGCAGCCUGGGUGAUUUCAGAGCGCGAAAUGCGUGAGCGUCUCCAGCGAGAGCGGGAAGCCCGUGAAAUGAAGGAGAAGCUCGAGAGGGAACAACGCAGGAAGGAGAUACGCGAGAAGCGUGAACGUGAAGCGCGUGAGAGGGCGGAGAAAGAGCGCAAGGAGCGUGAAGAACGGGCGAGGAAGGAGAAGGAAGAUCGCGAAAAGGUGAAUAAUGCACCUUCAUCAGACGUCCGAGAGGCAGGGCCUAGAAGCGAGAGCUCUGAACCUGAGGCAGAGGCAGAGGUGGAAAGCAAGGAUGGGGAUGAGGACGGGGAAGAGGAUUGCUGAAGGAGGACCGAGGCUAACUGCGCUCUUGCCUCAACAGACAACCUAAACAGAUGCAUCCCUUGAGCCGACGACUGAAAAGAUUCCCCGAAAAGUGACUUUGAAUCGCGGAGAUCAAGCGAAUCAUUUUUUUCUUAUUUUGGAGCCAACGAAUGCUACGCUAUCAACAAGACUUACAUAUCGUUCAUCGCAACUGACCAGACACUCAACCCCCGCAUUGGCAUUCAUGACCAUCCGGAUCUAAUUUGCGCCUGUAUUCAUAAAAUUCUAUUCUGUUAUCUAUCUUGCUCUUUUAUCUCUUUCCCCCAUUUGUGUACCCAAAGUCGUUUUUCCCUUACAGUCUCGAGAUCUCUUCUUACGUCUGAUAUUCUUGCUCUCUUCGCUGUUUUUGCUUGCUUCGUGUGUCUAUAACUCGUGUCAUCCGGUUUCUUCUGUGGAUGAAAGUUUGUGUCGUAUUAGUGGUUAUAUACAAGGCAUUGAUGUCUUUGACU